CUCAUUGGAAGGCAAGUCUUGUUCGCUUUGGGUAGGCGAUGGAAAUGGGGUUUGGGGAGGGUUAGGUUUUUGGAUAAUUGGGGCGGAUUCCAAGCUCCGUGGAGAUCUCUUUGGAGGAGGGUUUUAUUUCCAGCUCCCAAUUUUCGGAUCGUGGUGAAAAGAUCGUACCUUGUGGUCUUCUUCUUCUUCUAGGGUUUUCUGAUGGGGAUUUGGUGAUCUGAGAGUGAAUUGAUGGUGGGAUGAAUGAUUGGUAAUAGCGCAGCUGUGGAGGUCGCUGGAGGAGGAGGAGGAGACUGGAAUCUGGAGUUGUGAGUGUUGGAUUUAGUUCAAUCGUUUGGGAGCGUCGUGAUCUUGAGUUUUGUGGUGAUUUGAGGAAAAUGGCUAUGAUGGUAGACCCCCCUAAUGGAAUUGGAAACAGAGGAAAGCAUUACUACUCAAUGUGGCAAACCUUAUUUGAGAUUGAUACCAAGUAUGUUCCUAUUAAACCCAUUGGCAGGGGAGCUUAUGGAGUAGUUUGCUCUUCUGUAAACAGAGAAACAAGCGAGAAAGUUGCAAUUAAGAAAAUAAAUAAUGCCUUUGAUAAUCGUGUUGAUGCACUUAGAACUUUGAGGGAAUUGAAGCUCCUUAGACAUCUGCACCAUGAUAAUGUUAUUGCUCUGAAAGACAUCAUGAUGCCAGUCCAUAGGAGAAGUUUCAGGGAUGUCUAUCUGGUCUAUGAACUCAUGGAUACUGAUUUACAUCAAAUUAUCAAAUCCUCUCAAGCACUUUCAAAUGAUCAUUGUCAAUAUUUUCUCUUCCAGUUGCUUCGAGGACUGAAGUAUCUCCACUCAGCAAACAUACUCCAUAGGGACUUGAAACCAGGGAACCUCCUCGUCAAUGCAAACUGCGACCUCAAGAUAUGCGACUUUGGUCUGGCUCGUACCAACAGUACAAAAGGCCAGUUCAUGACUGAGUAUGUUGUUACCCGCUGGUAUCGUGCGCCGGAACUGCUCCUUUGCUGUGAGAACUAUGACACCUCCAUUGAUGUGUGGUCUGUGGGCUGCAUUUUUGCUGAACUUCUAGGCCGGAAGCCUAUCUUCCCUGGCACAGAAUGCCUCAACCAGCUCAAACUCAUCAUCAACGUGCUUGGAACCCGUACUGAUGCUGAUCUUGGCUUCAUUGAUAAUCCAAAGGCCCGGAAGUAUAUAAAGUCCUUACCAUACACACCUGGCACUCCUUUUAGCACUCUAUAUCCCCGUGCAAAUCCGCUUGCUAUUGAUCUGCUGCAGAAAAUGCUUGUUUUCGACCCAUCUAAGAGAAUUAGUGUUACUGAGGCUCUGGAACAUCCUUACAUGUCUCCCCUUUAUGAUCCAAACUCCAACCCCCCAGCUCAGGUCCCGAUUGAUCUUGACAUUGAUGAAGAUCUCGGGGAAGAUGUGAUCCGGGAGAUGAUGUGGCAGGAGAUGUUGCACUACCAUCCAGAGUCUGCGGCUGCCACUGCUGAUGUGAACUAGUAUGAUCUGCUCAUCAUCUCAAGCUGUGUCUAAUUAGAAGCUCACUUGUGAACCAAGAGAGCAUGCCGCCAAAGUUUCAGUUAUUCCUGUAGGAUUAUGCUUGCUGCCAGACUUUCAUAGUUGUAAAUAUGUUCAAGUUUCAUGAGACCGACGUGUUUGGUACCUACCCUUGUAUAAUUUUUGGUGGUUGAUGACGGAUUGUAAGAUGCUGUGAUUUACCAGCUCUAUUAUUCUGGUGAUAUCACAACAAUGUCUUACAGGUGAGUUAUGGACAUUUGAGUGUAGUUUUUCGCCUAUGGUUUUUUAGUACUCUAUGACUCAUUAAUCUCUAGUAGUAGUUUUAAAUAGCUCAUUUGCUAUUUUCCUUUGA